GACUAUUUCGACUAAUAACCCAUAAAGAUCUUUAAAGUGUUUUACCAAUUUAUCCACUUCUGACUAAAACCGCUUCUGUAUGUCUAGGUGCCGGUGCCCGUCGUCAGUCCCUUCUCUCACCGUUACUGGACCUGGAUCUGGAUCUGGACCUCCCUUAUGUUUAUUUUAUGACAUUUUUUAUCCACAACAUAAGCUAUAAUAUAUAAACACACUGAAUGUACACCAGAUGCAGAAGAGUUUUGUGGGUUUGUACUGAAGUUUGAAUGUACACAGGUUGUUUUAUGACUUGAUACUGAGACUAUUUUCUGUAAGUGAACUCUGUGCUGAUACAGGGUUUGAUUUAACACACCGAUGUUGCAGUGAAGUAAACGUGUGUCCUGCUGUAAUCUGGAGAAAGAGACAUGACCUCCAACAUGAGUGUGUCUGGAGAACAGGACUUAAAGAGAGACGAGAGAAUGAUGGAGGGAAAGAGAUCAGACUCACCAGAACCCAGCUGUGUGUCCAUGAAGAGUGACGCGUCAAUGGGAUGUCCAAUUAACUUCAGAGACGGAGCCAGUUCUCCUGAUGUGAGACCACAACAGAAGAAAUCAAACCUCAGCAGAAAUCAGCUGGACUCCAUAUUCAAGGAGCUGGAACAUAAAGUCAUCACUCUGAUAAAGAAUGAGCUGGAGAGGUUUAGGAAGCUCCUGAGUCCAGAUUACCCAGCAUGCACUGAGAGGGAGGUGCAGGAUGAGGAGGAUCUGCACAGUGUCAGCGAUGGAGCGCUGAAGAUCACACUGCAUGUCCUGAAGAACAUGAACCACACAGAUCUCGCUCACACACUGCACAACAAGUCUGUGGGCUCUGUGUAUCAGACAAAGCUGAAAUCCAGCCUGAGAGAGAAGUUUAAAAGAAUUAAUGAAGGAAUCUCACAGCAUGGAAGCUCAGCACUUCUGAAUGAGAUCUACACCGAGCUCUACAUCACAGAGGGUUGGAGUGGAGACGUCAAUAAUGAACAUGAGGUGAGACAGAUUGAGACAGCGUCCAGGAGACCAGCAACACAGGAGACACCCAUCAAAUGUAAUGAUCUCUUUAAAGACAAGUCCAUCAGAAGUGUGCUGACUAAAGGAGUUGCUGGAAUUGGAAAAACAGUCUCUGUGCAGAAGUUCAUUCUGGACUGGACUGAAGGAAAAGCAAAUCAGGACGUCACCUUCAUGUUUCCACUUCCCUUUAGAGAGCUGAAUCUGAUGAAGCAGAAACAUCUCAGUCUGAUGGAUCUUCUUCAUCACUUUUUCCCUGAAAUGAGAAAACUAGAAGUAAUAGACUCCUACAAAGUGGUGUUGAUCUUUGAUGGUCUGGAUGAGUGUCGACUUCCUCUAAAUUUCCAGAAGAAUGAGAGAUUGUGUGAUGUGACAGAGUCAGCCUCAGUGGAUGUGCUGCUGACGAACCUCAUCAAGGGGAAUCUGCUUCCCUCUGCUCUCCUCUGGAUAACCUCUCGACCAGGAGCAGCCAAUCAGAUCCCUCCUGAGUGUGCAGACCAGGUAACAGAGGUACGAGGGUUCAGUGAUCCUCAGAAAGAGGAGUACUUCAGGAAGAGGAUCAGUGAUCAGAGCCUGGCCGAUAAAAUCAUCUCACACAUGAAGUCUUCAAGAAGCCUCUACAUCAUGUGCCACAUCCCAGUCUUCUGCUGGAUCUCAGCCACUGUUCUAGAGAGAAUGUUGGGUGAAGCAGAGAGUGGACAGAUCCCCAAGACUCUGACUCAAAUGUUCACACACUUCCUGAUCUUUCAGAUCAAACACAAGGACCAAAAGUACCAUCAGAAAUGUGACCCUGAUCCUCAGCAGACCAGAGAGAGUAUCCUGGCACUGGGAAAACUGGCUUUCCAACAGCUGGAGAAAGGAAACCUGAUCUUCUAUGAGGAAGACCUGAAAGAGUGUGGCAUUGAUGUGAGAGAAGCGUCAGUGUACUCAGGAGUGUGUACCCAAAUCUUCAGAGAGGAGUUUGGGCUUCACCUGGGGAAGGUGUUCAGCUUUGUACAUCUGAGUGUUCAGGAGUUUCUGGCUGCUUUAUAUGCAUUUUUCUCCUUCAUCAGCAGAAAUGUAACAGAACAACCAACCACUGAUCUGUCUGAUCUUCUCAACAAGUCAGACAUGUCUGAUCUCCUCAGGAGUGCAGUGAACAAGGCCUUACAGAGUGAGAAUGGACACCUGGACCUGUUCUUCCGCUUCCUUCUGGGUCUCUCACUGGAGUCCAAUCAGACUCUCUUACGAGGCUUAAUGCCCCAGACAGGAAGCAGCUCUCACAGCAAACAGGAAACAGUCAGGUACAUCAAGGAGAAGAUCAGGGAGAAUCCAUCUCCAGAGAAAUCCAUCAAUCUGUUCCACUGUCUGAAUGAACUGAAUGAUCAUUCUCUAGUGCAGGAAGUACAGACUUACCUGAACAGAGGAGAUCACAGUCAUCUCAGUGGAACCAGACUCUCUCCUGCUCAGUGGUCAGCUCUGGUGUUUGUGUUACUGAACUCAGAUCAGGAGCUGGAUGAGUUUAAUUUGAGUAAACAUGACCCAUCAGAGGAAUGUCUUCUGAAGCUGCUGCCAGUGGUCAAAGCCUCCAGAAGAGCUGAUCUGUGGGGGUGUAAUCUGACAGAGGAAAGCUGUAGAGUUCUGUCCUCAGUUCUCAGAUCAAACUCCUCCAGACUGAGAGAACUGAACCUGAGUGUCAAUAACCUGCAGGAUUCAGGAGUGAAGCUGCUCUCUGCUGGACUGGAGAAUCCACACUGUACACUGGAGAUA